UUCUGAUCAGAGACCUCAAAAAGGAGGGAAAAUGGCUUCUGAAUCAGAAACUCUGAAUCCCAGCGCUCGGAUAAUGACUUUUUAUCCAACCAUGGAAGAGUUCCGGAACUUCAGUCGAUACAUUGCCUACAUUGAAUCCCAAGGAGCUCAUCGGGCUGGACUAGCCAAGGUUGUUCCUCCAAAAGAGUGGAAGCCACGAUCAUCCUACGAUGAUAUUGACGAUUUGGUCAUUCCUGCCCCCAUCCAGCAGCUGGUGACGGGCCAGUCCGGCCUUUUUACUCAAUACAACAUACAGAAGAAAGCCAUGACUGUCCGAGAGUUCCGCAAGAUAGCCAAUAGUGACAAGUAUUGCACACCACGCUAUAGUGAGUUUGAAGAGCUUGAGCGCAAGUACUGGAAAAAUCUCACGUUCAAUCCUCCGAUCUAUGGUGCAGAUGUGAAUGGUACUCUCUACGAAAAGCACGUUGAUGAGUGGAAUAUUGGCCGGCUGAAAACAAUCCUGGACUUGGUGGAAAAAGAGAGUGGGAUCACCAUCGAGGGUGUGAACACUCCAUACCUGUACUUCGGAAUGUGGAAGACAUCCUUCGCCUGGCACACCGAAGACAUGGACCUCUACAGCAUCAACUACCUGCAUUUCGGAGAACCAAAGUCCUGGUAUUCUGUUCCCCCUGAGCAUGGGAAGCGUCUGGAGCGCCUCGCCAAAGGCUUUUUCCCUGGAAGUGCUCAAAGCUGUGAGGCUUUUCUCCGGCAUAAGAUGACCCUGAUUUCUCCCUUAAUGUUGAAGAAAUACGGAAUUCCAUUUGACAAGGUGACUCAAGAAGCUGGAGAAUUUAUGAUCACUUUCCCUUACGGUUACCAUGCCGGCUUUAACCAUGGCUUCAACUGCGCAGAGUCUACCAACUUUGCUACCCGGCGGUGGAUCGAAUAUGGCAAACAAGCUGUGUUGUGCUCUUGCCGGAAAGAUAUGGUGAAGAUCUCCAUGGACGUGUUUGUGAGGAAGUUCCAGCCAGAGAGGUACAAGCUUUGGAAAGCUGGGAAGGACAGCACAGUCAUCGACCACACUCUGCCCACGCCAGAAGCUGCUGAGUUUCUUAAGGAGAGCGAACUGCACUCAGGAGCUGGGACUGAGGAGGAGUGUCCAGAGGACAUGGAAGGGGUCGAGGACACAGAGGAGGGAGACCUGAAGAGAAGCCUGGCCAAGCACCGUAUAGGGACAAAGAGGCACCGAGUGUGUCUGGAAAUACCACAGGAGGUGAGUCAGAGCGAACUCUUCCCCAAGGAGGAGCUGAGUUCCGGACAGUACGAGAUGACGGAGUGCCAGGCUGCCCUCGCCCCCGUGAGGCCCACCCAUAGCUCCGUGCGGCAAGUCGAGGAUGGCCUUAACUUCCCAGAUUAUCCUGACUCCACCGAAGUCAAAUUUGAAGAGCUCAAAAACGUCAAACUAGAAGAGGAGGACGAGGAGGAGGAACAAGAAGCAGCUGCCUUGGAUCUGUCUGUGAAUCCUGCUUCUCUAGCAGGACGCCUCGUCUUCUCGGGCCCCAAAAAGAAGUCAUCUUCUAGCCUGGGCUCCAGUUCUUCCCGGGAUUCUGUCUCUUCUGAUUCAGAAACCAGCGAGCCUCUCUCUGGCGAAGCCCAAGGGCAAACGGGAGUUCUCACUGUGCACAGCUAUGCCAAAGGGGACGGCAGGGUCACCGCAGCCGAGCCGUGCAUGAGGAAGAAAGGGAAUGCCACCAGAAGCAUCAGCGAGCGUGAGCUGGCCGAGGUUGCCGACGAGUACAUGUUCCCCCUGGAGGAGACUAAGAAGGCCAAGGGUCGCCGCCAGCCCUUGAGCAAGCUGCCCCGCCAUCACCCGCUCGUGCUACAGGACUGCGUCAGCGACGAUGAGACAUCUGAACAGCUGACCCCCGAGGAGGAGGCUGAGGAGACAGAAGCCUGGGCCAAGCCUCUCAGCCAACUGUGGCAGAACCGACCCCCCAACUUCGAGGCUGAAAAGGAGUUCAAUGAGACCAUGGCCCAGCAGGCCCCACACUGCGCUGUCUGUAUGAUCUUCCAGACUUACCACCAGGUGGAGUUCGGAGGCCUUAGUCAGAACUGCGGAAAUCCUCCAGAUUUAGCCCCUCAGAAGCAGAGGACCAAGCCAUUGAUUCCAGAAAUGUGUUUCACCUCGACCGGCUGCAGCACAGACAUCAACCUUUCUACCCCCUACCUCGAGGAGGACGGCACCAGCAUUUUAGUUUCCUGUAAGAAGUGCAGUGUCCGGGUCCAUGCCAGUUGCUACGGGGUACCCCCUGCCAAGGCUUCUGAAGACUGGAUGUGUUCCCGGUGUUCUGCCAACGCCCUGGAGGAGGACUGCUGUUUAUGCUCGCUGCGAGGAGGGGCCCUGCAGAGAGCGAAUGACGACAGGUGGGUCCACGUUUCAUGUGCUGUGGCGAUUCUGGAAGCAAGAUUUGUCAACAUUGCAGAAAGAAGCCCGGUGGAUGUGAGCAAGAUUCCUCUGCCCCGCUUCAAACUGAAAUGUGUCUUCUGCAAGAAGCGGAGAAAAAGAACCGCGGGCUGCUGUGUGCAGUGUUCCCACGGCCGCUGCCCGACUGCCUUCCACGUGAGCUGUGCCCAGGCUGCCGGCGUGAUGAUGCAGCCAGACGACUGGCCCUUUGUCGUCUUCAUUACCUGCUUUCGGCACAAGAUUCCUAAUUUGGAGCGUGCCAAGGGGGCCUUGCAGAGCAUCACCGCAGGCCAGAAGGUUAUCAGUAAGCAUAAGAAUGGGCGCUUCUACCAGUGUGAAGUGGUCAGGCUCACCACCGAGACCUUCUAUGAAGUCAACUUUGAUGAUGGCUCCUUCAGCGACAAUCUGUAUCCUGAGGACAUAGUGAGCCAGGACUGUCUCCAGUUGGGUCCUACUGAAGGGGAAGUUGUCCAAGUGAGAUGGACAGACGGCCAAGUCUAUGGAGCCAAGUUUGUGGCCUCCCACCCCAUCCAGAUGUACCAGGUGGAAUUUGAGGAUGGCUCACAGCUUGUCGUUAAGAGGGAUGAUGUCUACACGCUGGAUGAGGAGCUUCCCAAGAGAGUCAAGUCUAGACUGUCAGUAGCCUCAGAUAUGCGCUUCAAUGAGAUUUUCACGGAGAAAGAGGUUAAGCAAGAAAAGAAACGGCAGCGAGUCAUCAACUCAAGAUACCGGGAAGACUACAUCGAGCCUGCGCUCUACCGGGCCAUCAUGGAGUAGCUGCUUCCAGGGUCCAGGAGAUUCCCAGCCAACAGGCGAGUGCACUCUGGAGGUUCCACAGCACAGCAGACACUCGGAACUCUGAAGUCUCUAAAAGUGAAGUUGUAAAAAGAAAAGGAAUGAAAUACCAACCCCAUCAUCUUCUCACCCCACCCUCAUCACGUUGCGCUGAUGAUCCGUGAAAGGACAAACUAUCCUUGGACACAAGGAAGCAGCCGCUGAUCUCCCAGCUGAGGGGCUGAGCACUGGAAUGCUGUGGCUGCCCUGGCUCCUGUCCAUGCGGGGUCAGCUGUGCUGGCUGGGCUGUUUGCCCUGCCCCUGGCCUAGGACUUAGCUUCCUAACAAUCACCUGCACCGACUAGGCAGAGGUGCUGGUGCUUGUCCCCUCCCCUCCUUUUGUAUUUAUAUGUGUGUGGUGUGUGCGUGUGCGUGCGUGUGUGUGUGUGUGUGUGUGUGUGUGUGUGUCUGGACCAGCUUCUGCCAGCCCCUGGCCUUUACUUUCUUCCUUGCCUAUGCAGGGCAAACAAAAUGUGAAAUUGUGCCCUCACUGAGCUGAGUAAGGGCCCCUGGGGGUUGGCUGGAGAUGGGUACGGCAGCUGCCCAGGCCUGGAACAUCCUCAAGAGUGCUGGUCAAGCUGUAGUAUUGGGGUGCUAAGGAGCUGAUGCCACCUCUUUGUCCUCCCUUGAAGGAGAGCAUAGGGUAACAUGGAUGUGUGCCCAGGACACUCCACGCACAGAGCCUCUGCGGCACAGUAUUAAGAGGGUGUGGGUGGGGAAUACCCUGAAGGGGGAGCUAUUAAUGAUGGAAGCAGGCAGAGCCUGGUGGGUGAUUCUGUCAACACAAAUUGCAAUCAUGUAGGGGCUGGGAGGGUUAGGAUGAACUGGGGCCACUGGAGGCCAGGGGCAGGUUUAGAUGUGCCCUUGGUCUAGGGGUGGGAGGGAGCUGAUUUAGGGAGGGAGGGUGGGACUAGAGGGCAACACUGAAGGGGUUAAACAGGUUUUUGCUCCUCAUGAAUUUGUUUGCCUGGGGCCAGGAUUGGAGGGCUUUACUCCUACACCCUAUGUAUACAAAAAUCAAAUUUAUAAUACUUCCCUCUUUUUUGUUACGUAUGAACGCUAUAAACCAAAUUAUUUUGAAAACCGGUGCAUCACCUUGUCCUUAGCAAUAAAAUGUGUUGAGCAGA